AUGUUUCCUUAUAGCCAUUUACACAUUGCAGUAAGAAGAUGUACAGCCCAGCACCUUUCAGAUGUAGUGGAACUUAUGGAAGUGGAGCGUAUUUUAUCUGGAACAAAAGAUAUGGCUGAACGUAUAUUACCAGCUGCUGCUAAGUUUGCUCAGGACAGCUCACAAGAAACCAGGUAUUAUGGUCGAAAGAUGCUUUUCCUCAUGAUGUGUCAUCCUAAUUUUGAUAAAAUGCUUGAAAAGUACGUCCCAUCUAAAGAUUUGCCAUAUAUUAAGGAAUCUGUUAAAAGCUUACGACACAAGGGCUUGGGAGAUUUACCAUUAGAUACUUCUUCAGCAAAAGGAAGACGAUCUCAUACUGGCAGUGUUGGAAAUGCAAGGUCAUAG